CGGAGCGCACUUUGAAAAGGCUGCUUGAAAAAGGCAUUUUCCAGUUUUCCUUAUUUCACACUAAUUAAAAAUUGCAUGCGAACACUUUCAACAUGAGCUACUCGUUAUAUCAGGAUCCGAUGCAGAGCCAGCCGAUGGUUAUACCGGAUAAUGGAAUCCAACUGCGUCUAUUGCCAAAAGAGAUUACCCUAUUCGAUCCGGUGCUGUUGCGGCACGUGCUCUUGCUGAUGAUCGUUGUGCGGAACUUCUUUCACGUGUAUCUCUGCUGGCGCCAGCUGCGGGUGUGCAACAAUAACGUGGAUCCUCCUCACGAAAUGCGGAACAUCUUCUCCAAGGAGGCGUAUGUGCACUGCAAGACGGAUGAGAUGUAUUCCGUGGAACAGACGCUGCUCUCCUACAUCUUCGAUGCGAUAUUCUGUUUUAUCGAACUGUACUUUGGCGUCUAUCCGUAUCUGUGGAAGGUGAUCAUCAAUUGUUACAGCAUUGUGGACGAUCUGGUCUGGCAGAGCAUUGCGUAUGUGGCGUUAUUCUCCAGCUAUUUGGUGGUGCGUCGCCUGCCACAGAUCUUCUACAACAAACUGGUGCUCGCCCAAUGGUACAAUAUCGGUCGGGAGAAGACUUUGCCCCUGGUCGGGGUGCUCUGCUCGUUCGCUCUGCUGCUCGUCCUGGUACAGGUGGGCCUCGUGCCGCUGACGGCAAUCUUUUUGUUUAUCGAAAAGUCGGGCGGACACUGGUUUGUGCUCUGGAUAUGGGGCUUCCUGUUCGUUGUAUCCAGCCUUGGCCUGAUGAUGUACAGUAUGUUUGGCAUCCCGCUUCUGAGCAAGCGCACCAAAAUGCCCGCCGGCGAAUUGAGGGAUGCCCUGGAAAAGGUAUUGAAGAUAUUUCGAUUUAGGACCGACAAACUCUACCUAAUACACACAAACUUUCAACUGAGCGGCGCAAAAGCCAAUGCCUGGGGCUGUUACUGUUGGAAGCGUAUCUUCAUAAUGGAGAAUCUGUUGCGGAAUCUCGGCAAGCCCGAGUCGGAGCUGUUCGCGGAUGAGAUCGGCAAGGGUCUCAAUACUGAGGAGAUGGUCGGCUACGUUGCCCACGCACUCAUCCAUUGGCGUCUGUGGCACUUUGUCAAGUCGUUCUUCAUGGUCCAUGUCACACUUUUGGUAUAUUUUAUGAUCUUCGGCACCUGCUAUCGCCUGCAUGUCAUCUACGAGGCGGCCGGCUUCUCGCCGGGCUUCUAUCCGCCCAUUGUUGGCUAUUGGCUGGUUUACAAGUACGUGAUGCCACUCUAUUUGACGGUCACCAAUUGGAUUAUCUUCUAUUUUCUGCAUUGUUUCGAGUAUUCGGCCGAUAAACAUACUUGGAAACUGGGCUAUGGCCCGGCACUGGUCGCUGCUCUGCUCAAAAUAUUUGCCGACAAUCCCGUCUUCCCCUUCGUGGACAGGUGGUACAUGAUGUGGCAUCGCUUCCGGCCAACAUAUCUGUUGCGUAUCCAGCGAGUCCAUGUCUGGGAUGCCCACACGAAUGUUUAGCUGCCAGCAGCAACAAAAUACAAGAAU